AUGCUGCGUAAGUGUCCAAGAUUCUCAUGUGAGGUCUCUGCUCUGAACGAGGCUGUCUCCGGAAGUGUCAAAUCAGUCUUCAAAGCUUGGGAACAGCGACUACACUCUUCUGGGGAGCAUUUGGAGAGCAAUGACGGAGACCCUGAAUUGCUUGUCUUUGUACCAUUCACAUCAGAUGUCAAGAUCAAGAGCAUAUCAGUUGUUGGUGGUCCUGAUGGAACAAGUCCUUCUAAGUUGAGAGUGUUCAUCAAUCGUGAAGGGAUUGAUUUCUCAGAUGCUGAAAGCAUGCAAGCCGUUCAGGAAUGGGAGUUAGCCGAAAAUUUGCAAGGAGUCUUAGAAUACCAGACCAGGUAUUCAAAAUUCCAGAGUGUUGGGAACAUCACACUGCAUUUCCCUGACAGCUUUGGGGGUGACACAACCCAAAUACGUUAUAUCGGGUUCAAAGGUGAAGCAACCCAGUUGAAAAGGGAUGUUGUUGCGACAAUCGUGUAUGAGAUUAGACCAAAUCCUUCAGAUCACAAGACACGAGCUGAGACGGGUGGAGGUUUUUCACAAGUUGAGUGA